CGAACAAAUAAUCUAAAACAAAAAAAAAAGAAAAAAAGAAAAAAAAGAUCAGGCGAUGGGCGUGGAGAAGCGGAUUCUGAAGGCCGGCGAGGGCCCCGAAAUCGUGAAGGGCCAACUCGUCACCGUCCACUGCACCGGCUUCGCAGGAAAGAAGGGUUCUUGCCGAAAAAGGUUUUGGAGCACUAGAGAUGCCGGGCAGCAGCCGUUCAGGUUUAGAGUCGGUUUUGGUUCAGUAAUAAAAGGAUGGGACGAGGGAGUGAUUGGCAUGCAGUUGGGGGAAAUUGCAUUUCUUCAGUGCACUCCAGAUUACGGUUACGGAGCUAAUGGAUUUCCAUUCUGGGGGAUUCCACCCAACUCUGAUCUGGCAUUCGAGGUUGAAGUCCUUCGAAUUCUUAAUGUUCAUUCUUGAAGUAGUAUGCAAUUUGAUAGGUGGACCUUAAGUUAAUAGGUACAUGACAAACAAUAGUUUUGGCUAGAAUGUUAGAUGACCUUGGCCAUCUUAUUUUACCAUAUCAUCUUUUUCUUUUCCUUUUAUUCUGACAUAAUAUGUGAACAGAUGAGCAAAAUUUUAUGCAUUGCAUUUUGCUGCUUUUCUACGGUUA